AUGAUUGCUGACUUUGGCUUUGCUCGACCUAUGAAUGGAUCUCGUCGCGGCACGGCUUGUGGUACCCCGGGCUAUGUGGCACCUGAAGUGGUACAGGGCGAGCCAUAUGGAGCAGAAGUAGAUUGUUGGAGUCUUGGAGUAAUUCUGUUUAUCCUUUUGUGUGGGUACCCGCCGUUUCCUGGAGCGAAUCAUGCGACAGUACUUGAUAAAGUUGUCAAGGCUGAGUACAAGUUUGAAGCUCCAUAUUGGGAUGACGUUUCAGAUGAAGCAAAGGAUUUGGUGACGGAACUCCUGGCUGUAGACCGUACAAAGCGUCUCACUGCAUCCGGUAUCCUAGCGCAUCCGUGGAUGGAUGAAACGCGUGCAUCUGUCAUGAGCCUAACGGAUGAAUCGGAAUCAAGAAAGCGAUUUACUCGCAAAUGCUCGGAUUUGUUACCAGCAUUGCACCAAAUGAGAAAGCAUAGCUUGACUCACGGCAGUCCAAAAAUCCGUCCGUCUGACAUGAAUGUGGACGAUAUUGAAUUUGACGAACUGACCAUCAACA